AUGCAUGAGAUGAGUUAUAAUCCAUUUCAUGGUAAUGGAGGUGGUGAUUCCAAUGAUGAUGCAGCACGAGGUCAAAGAUAUCGAAGGAACAAUGAUCAUAAGAAAUCUUUUAACUUUAAAGUUGACAAUCCAGAUUUUGAUGGACGAAAUGAUCUGAAUAAGUUCAUAGAUUGGCUUAACUCUGUUGAAAGGAUCUUUGAAUUUCAAGAAAUUUCAGAAGAUCGUAAGGUGAAAUUUGUUGCUAUCAAGUUGAAGAAAUAUGCAUCUAUUUGGUGGGAGCAUUUAAAGAAGCAGCGAGCUCGUGAUGGCAAACAAAAGAUUACAACAUGGGACAAGAUGAAAAAGGUGGAAAAACAACAAAAGGAUACUCGUCGAUUUGGUGGGAGUUUCUCUUCAAGUAGUGGUGCUUCUAACCGAGGGAGUGCCUCUCCGUCUAAAAAUACAUCAACAUCAAAAGAUACAAAACAAAAAGCUACUGCAAGUAAGGAAACCCAUACUGAUUUUGUAAAACCAAGUGGUCCUAACAACCAAAAGAUAUGUUUCAAAUGCAAGGGUUUUGGGCAUUUCGCUACCGAUUGUCCAAACCGAAGGGUUGUUACUUUUGUUGAGGAAAAAGAAGAGGAAGAAUCUUAUGGCACAGCCCCUAUCUACGAUGAUUCUGGUGAUGACGGAGAAAUCACUUAUGCAGAUCAUGGAGAAUCCUUGGUGAUACGUCGCAGCCUCAAUACUACCUAUGGAGAAGAUCAAUCAUGGCUUUGCAAUAAUAUCUUCCACACUAGAUGCACUUCUCAUUGUAAAGUGUGUGAUGUCAUUAUUGAUGGAGGAAGUUGCGAAAAUGUUGUGGCCACUACAAUGGUCGACAAGCUGAAGUUAAAGACCGAAGACCAUCCUCAGCCUUAUAAGUUAUCAUGGCUUCAUAAAGGUAACGAGUUGAAGGUAACUCAAAGAUGUCUUAUUCAAUUUUCUAUUGGCAAUAAGUAUCAAGAUGAAGUUUGGUGUGAUGUUAUUCCAAUGGAUGCUUGUCAUUUGCUUCUUGGUCGACUGUGGCAAUUUGAUAGGAAAACUCAUCAUGAUGGCUUCAAAAAUACUUAUAGUUUUGUCAAAGAUGGCGAGAAGAUUAUUCUGGGACCGGCCAAGACAAACACUAGUCCUAACCCUUUAAAAAGGGAUGGAAAUAAUUUAGUCUCCAAGUCCCAAGUGAAAAAUGUUAUGUGUGAAUCCGGUGAGGCCUUUGCAUUGGUAGUCUUGGAAGAGAAUGAAGAUGGACAUGCUGUCCCUUCCCAAGUGCAACCUCUUCUCCAAGAAUUUCAAGAGGUAGUACCAGCUGAAAUUCCAUCAGGACUUCCUCCCAUACGAAAUAUUCAACAUUGCAUUGAUUUAGUCCCCGACGCUUCAAUUCCAAACAAGGCAGCCUAUAGAAUGAGCCCUAACGAGUAUAAAGAGUUACAAAGACAAGUUGAGGACCUUUUGGUUAAAGGUCUUAUCCGAGAAAGCAAGAGCCCCUGCGUUGUCCCAACCCUUCUUGUACCAAAGAAUGAUGGUUCAUGGCGAAUGUGCAUUGAUAGUAGAGCGGUCAAUAAGAUCACUAUCAAAUAUCGUUUUCCUAUUUCUCGCCUUGAUGAUCUUCUCGACCAGCUUCAUGGGUUUAAGGUCGGCUCUAAAAUUGAUCUUCGAAGUGCCUAUCAUCAAAUUCGUAUGAGACUGGGCGAUGAAUGGAAAUCGACAUUCAAAACAAGGGACGGUCUUUAUGAAUGGUUGGUAAUGUCAUUCGGUCUUUCUAAUGCUCUCUCUACUUUUAUGCGGCUUAUGAAUCAUAUCUUUAAACCAUUCAUUGGGAAGUUUGUUGUUGUCUACUUUGAUGAUAUUCUUGUGUACAGCUCUAGCCCGAAAGAACAUUUGGAACAUCUUCGACAGGGUGGCAAUUUCAAGUGGACGAACGAGGCGCAACAAAACUUUGAACUUCUUAAAAGAAAGGUUACAGAAGCUCCAAUAUUGCAACCACCAGAUUUUGACCAAGUUUUUGAAAUAGACUGUGAUGCAUCAAAUGUGGGAAUCGGCGGUGUCCUUAGUCAAAAUGGGAGACCCAUUUCUUUCUUUAGUGAAAUGUUGAAUCAUUCUCACCGCGACUAUUCUACCUAUGAAAAGGAAUUCUUUGCCAUUGUCCGAACCUUGGCAACAUUAUCUCCUCCAUAA